CGGAGGUCUGAGGGAGCGGAGGGCCUCGUGUGGGGGGCGCACUGGGGUCCCCUGGAAGGAGGCCAGGCCCGGGCCUGCAGCAGCCAGGUGAUCAGUAGGUGUCUGCUGCUGCUGGGGCCCUGAGUGCUCCCCAGAGCUCUCAGAGUGCCGACUCCUCCUCCAGUGGUGGGGCAGCUGAGAGCCAUGCCCAGCCUGAGCCUCCUGGCCCCAGCGGCCCAGUGGAGGCAGGAGAGGGGGAGCCCUUGGCGGAGGGCAGUUUCCGCAUGAAGACGGCUGCCCUGGUGGUAUUCCUGCUCCUCAAGUAUCGCACCAAGGAGCCCAUCAGCAAGGCAGAGAUGCUGGAGGUCUUCUCCCCAGAAUACCAGGAGGACUUCCCCGCCAUCUUGAGCCAAGCGUCCAUCUGCUUGAGGCUGGUCUUUGGCCUAGAUGUGAUUGAAGUGGAUCCCAGCAAGCACUCCUACGUCCUCAACCCCAUCCUGGGCCUCACCUGGGAUGGGAUGCUGAGCAAUCAGUGGGGUAUCCCCAAGACCAGCCUCCUGGGGCUGGUCCUGGGGUUGAUCCUCCUGCAGAACGGAUGUGUCCUCGAGGAGGAGGUGUGGGAGACUCUGGGGUUCACGGGGGUGGAUGAUGGCAAGAACACAUCGUCUAUGGGGAGCCCGGGGACCCCCUCACCGACGUGUGGGUGCAGGAAGGCUACCUGCAGCGCCGGCAGGUUGCGGUCAGUGACCCUGCCCGCAACGAGUUCCUGUGGGGACCCAGGGCCUACAAGGAAACCAACAAGUUGCAGGUCAUGGACUUUCUGCUCCAGGUCAGUAGCAACAACCUAGGGUCCUACCUGGUCCUGUGAGAAAAGAUUCUGAGAUAAGGAAACGUGGCCACAUUCCCAGGGGCGGCCAGUCCCUUUUCAAGGUUUUGUGGGACCGGCAUGAAGGGAGGCCUUAGGGUGCUUCCUCCCGGUGUUGUCCCAUUGGAUUUGUAAAGAGAAAGUCCUGGGCAUUCUCAGGAGUUAAGGGCCAGGGCAGUUUGGGGGAAAGCAGGGCCAAGAGCCUCUCUCGGGGCAUGGGCUCUAUGAUGACCCUGACAUCCAGAUCUUGUUUUCCUUGAGGAAGCUCUCCAUGUUUGUUCUUUGGGAAAGAAGGUUCCCGCAGCCCAGUGUGUAAGUGACACGCACCCCUUCGCGUUCAUACUUCUCCAGUUCAACAUAUUUUUUAAAGAUUUAUUUAUUUAUUUAUUUAUUUAUUUAUUUAUUUAUUUAUUUAAAUUUUUAGUUAUUUAUGAUAGUCACAACAGAGAGAGAGAGAGAGAGGCAGAACACAGGCAGAGGGAGAAGCAGGCUUCAUGCAGAGAACCUGACAUGGGGCUUGAUCCCGGGUCUCCAGGAUCAUGCCCUGGGCUGAAGGUGGCACUAAACCGCUGAGCCACCCUGGCAGCCCCCCAGUUCAAAGGUUAAGAGUUUUGUCAUGUCCUUGAUACAAAUUGAGACCUUCCCUCCUUGUUUGGGUUCUUGAUGAAAUCACAGGGCAAUGGCGUUGGAAUCUGUUGGAAAGGCCAAGAGUGGAGCAGGCAAGUGCUGGAGUGUGGAAAUAGGAAAAUAAACCU